AUGGAAGAAAGGUGCAAAGAUUUGAAUGAAGAUGGGUCACUUAAUAUAAUGUAUAGUAUUGAUGGUCAUAAAGAAUUGACUGAAAUAGAACUUGAUCAUUUAGAAGGAUAUUUAGGUUCACGUCCUGUACGUAUAGGUAACGGAGCCUAUGACCAUUUACAACUUGAUAUUUAUGGGGAAUUAUUGGAUGCGGUAUAUCUAUUUAAUAAACUUGGUAGUCCAAUUUCUUAUGAUACUUGGGUCAAUAUUAAAAAAAUGGUAAAUUAUGUUUGUGAUAAUUGGGAUAAACCUGAUAUGAGUAUUUGGGAAGUUAGAGGAAAGCAACAGAAUUUUACUUAUUCUAAAAUUAUGUGUUGGGUUGCUGUUGAUCGAG